GGUCACACUUGUCUGCUAUUUGCAAAAUAAAGACGCCGCGUGUUUUAGCUAAAAGUUGAAAAUAAACAAUAAUAAAUAAUGGAUGACGAGGCGGAAACGUACAAACUGUGGCGCAUUCGCAAAACGAUCAUGCAGCUGAGUCACGACCGGGGAUACCUGGUGACCCAGGAUGAGCUCGACCAGACACUGGAGCAGUUCAAGGAGAUGUUCGGAGACAAGCCGAGUGAUAAGCGACCGUCGCGCUCGGAUCUGAUCGUGUUGGUGGCCCACAACGACGACCCGACCGACCAGAUGUUCGUGUUCUUCCCCGAGGAGCCGAAGAUCGGCAUCAAAACCAUCAAGACGUACUGCACCCGCAUGCAGGAGGAGAACAUCCAUCGAGCCAUCGUCGUAGUCCAGGGCGGCAUGACUCCGUCGGCCAAGCAGUCCCUGGUCGACAUGGCGCCAAAGUACAUCCUGGAGCAGUUCCUCGAGUCGGAGCUGCUCAUCAACAUCACGGAGCACGAACUCGUGCCGGAGCACGUCGUGAUGACGGCGGAGGAGAAACAGGAACUCCUCAGUCGCUACAAGCUCAAGGAGAACAUGCUGAUGCGCAUCCAGGCGGGAGAUCCUGUUGCCCGUUACUUUGGCCUCAAGCGGGGACAGGUCGUGAAAAUUAUUCGCUCCUCGGAGACAGCUGGUCGAUAUAUAUCGUAUCGUCUAGUCUGCUAAUUGACCGGAAUUACCAACCAGCCCAUAGUCUAAGUACAUUAUUUUUAACAUAAGCGCAAUAAAGAUAUUUGUUGCAUUCACUACUGUG